CUCGGAGCUCGCCAUCUCCAGCGAUCUCUACAUUGGGAAAAAACAUGGAGUCAGCUCCGGCAGCCCCCGACCCCGCCGCCAGCGAGCCGGGCAGCAGCGGUGCGGACGCGGCCGCCGGCUCCAGGGAGACCCCGCUGAACCAGGAAUCCGCCCGCAAGACCGAGCCGCCCGCCCCGGUGCGCAGACAGAGCUAUUCCAGCACCAGCAGAGGCAUGGCUGUGUCUCGUCAUAUUCCUGUACUGUUUGAAAGCUACAGUAGUAAAGCCCAAGAGUGGAGAUGCUGAAACACUGGAGGUGGCUUGAAAGGAACCAGAGGAAGCCGACUGCAGACUGGUGGCCUUCAGCCUACACUACACGUCAAAAGAGGAGUCCACGGAUAUGUCAUGAGACUGUGUUUCUCUGGGUUUAAGUCCACAAAAGAAAGGAGACCUCCUGUAUUUAGGUUUUCUUUGUGCCAAAGUAUAUGGAUGAGGGAGGGUCAUGGAAAAACAUUAAAUAAUGGGCCAGAUAUACGAAAAUGUUUCCAUCCCAUCAAAAGAUAUUUCAGAAGUUGCGUAUUCUAUGCAGUUAGCUAUUCAAGACUGUACCAUUGGUGUGAUGUUUCUGUUUAUCAGAUAUCUCUUGGCAGUUUUCUGUUUGUCAGUUAUAUGUGGGGUUGUUUUCCGUUUAAACUAAUUCA